AUGCACGUUGGGGGAGUUGCCUACAAUGGUCAUGCUGUUAAACUUAUUGGCUGGGGGGUGGAGCAAAUUGGUUCAGAAAAAGUCCCAUAUUGGUUGGGAUCCAAUUCUGCAAACUCGGACUGGGGAGAGAAUGGAUAUUUCCGAAUAAUCCGUGGCGAGGAUAACUGUCGUAUUGAGACGUACGUUAUUGCUGGAAUAAUGAGAGUUUGA